AGUAGGAGGAGAAGGAGGAGGCGGAGAAGGAGGAGGCGGAGAAGGAGGAGGAGAAGAAGGAGGGGGAGGAGAGCGGAUUGCCGCUCUCAUGUCUGCCCUCCUGCGGGGCCCGGCCCGGGCGAUGCGCGUCGCGGCCUCGGCGGCUGGGAGAGGCCGCCGAGGCGAGUGGCUUCCAGGGUUUGGCCUUGUCAGACGGAUGACUUCCAGCAUCCAAGAUGUGUUCACGCACAUUGAGAACAACCAGCAGCUGUUUGUCAAGAGGCUGGCUGAGUGGGUGUCUGUGCGCAGUGUGUCAAGCCAGCCUGAACUGCGCGGUGAAGUGUUGCGCAUGGUGCAGAUGACAGCACAGCACAUCGAGCGCCUAGGAGGAUCUGUGGAGAUGGUGGACAUUGGCACGGAGACGCUAGCAGAUGGCUCCAAGUUAGCUCUACCGCCAGUUAUUCUCGCAGAGAUUGGGAGGGAUCCGGCCAAGAAGACGGUUUGUGUGUAUGGCCACUUGGACGUCCAACCUGCCCAGCUUGAGGAUGGCUGGGAUAGUGACCCCUUCACGCUGACGCAUCGGAAUGGAAAGCUGUAUGGCCGUGGUGCAACGGAUGACAAGGGUCCUGUGCUGUCUUGGCUGAACUGCAUUGAGUCGUUUCAAGCUGUCAGUAAGGCCCUGCCGGUGAAUGUGAAGCUGUGUUUGGAAGGCAUGGAAGAGUCGGGUUCCAUUGGGCUCGGUGAGCUGAUUGCUGAGCGGAGAAAAUCCUUCUUUGGAAACGUGGACUGCGUGUGCAUCUCCGACAGUUACUGGUUGGGAACGCAGACGCCGUGCCUCACAUUUGGCCUGCGGGGUCUCUGCUACUUUGAAAUUGAGGUGCAGUGUGCCCAGAGGGACCUCCAUUCAGGGGUUUACGGUGGCUCUGUCCACGAGGCGAUGACAGAUCUCAUGCAGAUUCUGGCAUCGUUAGUGGACAGCAGUGGCAGGAUCCUGGUGCCAGGGAUCCAUAGAUCUGUGAAGCCGCUCUCGGAGAUGGAGGCACGGCUGUGCGCGAACGUGGACUUCAGUCCUGAGGAAUACCGGCUGGAAAUCGGGGCCACAACCCUCCAGCAGCAUACCAAGGAGGACAUUUUAAAUCAUCGCUGGCACUUGCCAUCGCUCUCCAUACAUGGCAUCGAGGGAGCAUUCUCGGAGCUCGGUCAGAAAACGGUCAUCCCCAGCCGGGUGGUCGGAAAGUUCUCAAUUCGGACCGUCCCAGAUAUGGAACCGGAUGAGGUAGAGAGGCAGGUGAAAGAUUAUGUUGCACAGACAUUUUCUGAGCUGCGAAGUCCUAAUCGCUUCCGGAUCACCAUGCCCGUGGGAUCGCAGGCUUGGGUGGCCGACUCCACCCACCCCAACUACACCGCUGGACGCAAUGCCAUGCGGAGGGUGUUUGGUGUCGAGCCAAACCUCAUCCGUGAUGGGUGCAGCAUCCCCGUGACACUUGCCUUCUCUCGCCACACUGCGCUUAAUGUGCUGCUACUCUCACUGGGUGCAUGUGAUGACGGUGCCCACUCGCAGAAUGAGAAGUUCAAUCUCUCAAACUACAUGAAUGGAAUGAAAGUGAUGGCGUCUUAUCUGGAGGAAUUGUCACUUGUUUUGCCAAAGGAAUGAUUUCUACAUUGCUUCAAACGUCCACCACAAUUGGACAUCUUUUUACAAACGUGCUUAUUCAAUCACAGUGUUAUAGAACACUAAAUUUACUUUCGUUUGGUCAAAUUUUCACAAGGAAAGUAAAAUACCUCAAGUUUGAAUUCCUACCUAAAGUCCAGUUUGUGCAACACCACAUACGGAAUUAUGACUACAUGGCUAAAGUCCAGUUUGUGCAACACCACAUACGGAAUUAUGACUACAUGGCUAAAGUCCAGUUUGUGCAACACCACAUACGGAAUUAUGAAUACAUGGCUGUGGACCUUGUUGUGGUGGAGAGGCUUGUGUGCCCCAAAGCCCCGGAGAGCGAUGUCGGUGGGAGCUUCGGGCUCCUGGCAGGUUUAACCGGAUUGGUUUCAGGCGAGAGGCCAGAUGAAAGCCAGCACACUGGCCCUCCAGGCUGGAGGUUGGGCGUGGCGCUAACAACGUCACCCCGUAAAAAAAAACUGAAUGUUGCAGAAAUGACAAUGAACGAAACGAUUGACAUCAGGCCCUUAGUAGACUUGAGUGAUCAUACUGCCAUUCGAGCCUCUCGAGUGGCAGUAUGAUCACUACUAUUAUGAUCACUCCUGAUGAAAGCCAACCAGAAACCGGGAGUGUGAAAGAGGGCCUAUUGGAGCCUAAAACCAAGAUCCACCUUGGCACAUGGAAUGUCAGAACAAUGUACGAGACCUCCAAGACCGCGGAAGUCCUCGGCGAGAUGAAGAGGCGCAAUCUCGAUAUCCUGGGGAUAAGUGAACGUCGCUGGACCGGCUCUGGACCGUCUUGUGAUGAAUGACAGAUUGGUGGUGCUGUAGUCAGGGCAUGAGAACUCCUAUACAUCGUGCUACCAUGGCACUCCCUUAAGGAGAAAGCCAGAUCCUUACUGGAAUGAGAGCCAGUGCUUAGAAUGAAACACACCUUUAUUCAUCAACUUUGUGGAUUUUAGUGCAAUCUUAAAAGCCUUCAACAAUGGAUGCCUCAUUUGCCAUAUAUUUUGGCCAAAGAAAAUUUUCAAUCAUUUGUACUCGAGAAUCCGAAGCUGGAAAAUCACAAAGGAGAUAAAACAACGAAGACUGCGAUGGCCGGGCCAUGUCCUAAGAAUAGAACAGAACCACAUCCCUAAAAUGUACCUGAGAUGGACGCCUUCGGGCAAAAAGAAACCCGGGGAGGCCAAAAACCACCUAGCAAAGAACCGUCACCAAAGAGCUUGGUCAGAUGAACCUCUCGUGGAGAGAGUCACAGCAUGCAGCCAUAGACAGGAAAGAUGGAGAGAGCUCAUUGAUGCUUCAUGUCCCAUAGGGGAUGAGAAAGUAAAACUUGUUUUGCAUGCAAAUUGUACUUUCUAGCUCGGCAUUACUUGAGCACAACUCAGUUCUCCAAGUAAAUGCAAUGUUGAAGCGUUUUUGUGCCCAUUUGUGUUUAAGUGGAAAAGCCGACGAUAGUUUUAUGUAUUACAAUUUGAAUUGUGUAUUUAAAUUCACACUUAAAAAAGACAACUUACAAUUAAAGAUCCGAGUAUUUUAGGAUA